AUGUCUGGCCCCGUGGCCAUAGCAGAUUAUUCAAAUGGAGGAGCACUUUCUUUAAAAGAGAGAACGAAAUCUGUUGAUGUGCUUGAUGAAUUAGACCAACCUUCUACGCUGACAAACGGUGAAAGUGAUGGCUUUACUGUUGGGCAACUCUUACUCUCUAAUGGAGAGUCAUAUUCUGGGUCCCUUUAUGGCAAUGUUUCUGAGGGCUAUGGGACAUACACUUGGUGUGAUGGUUGUGUAUAUGAGGGUGAAUGGAGGAGAGGGAUGAGAAAUGGUUAUGGGAAGAUAAGAUGGCCUUCUGGAGCAGUGUAUGAAGGUGAUUUCUCCGGUGGAUAUAUCCAUGGCACGGGGACAUAUAUUCGUUCUGAUAAAUUGACCUAUAAAGGUAGAUGGCGGUUGAAUCUUAAACAUGGUUUGGGAUAUGAAGUUUAUCCUAAUGGAGAUACCUUUGAAGGUUCUUGGAUGCAAGGAACACCAGAGGGCCCUGGCAAGUAUACGUGGACCAAUGGAAAUGUUUAUGUGGGGAAUAUGAAAGGUGGGAUAAUGUCUGGGAAAGGAACACUCACCUGGAUAAAUGGGGACUCGUACGAAGGAAACUGGUUAAAUGGCAUGAUGCAUGGAUUUGGAGUUUACACUUGGAGUGAUGGAGGAAGCUAUGUUGGGACUUGGGCAUUUGGUCUAAAAGAUGGCAAAGGAACCUUUUACCCAAGAGGUAGCGGGCUUCCAUCAAUGCAAGAAAUUUAUCUCAGUGCCUUGAGAAAAAGAGGGCUAUUGCCAGAUUUGAGAAAACCGACGCAAGUGAGAGAUGUCAAGCUACCAGAAAACCAGCUGUCAAGUCAUGUUUCAUCUGAUAAUCUUGCAAAAGGAAACCUGCUAAAUCUGGAACAGUCUAAUAGAAGAAAUGUGUCUCUUGAAAGACGUUGGAGUCUCGAGGUGUCGAUUGAGAAAGUGAUUGGAUAUGAUUCAGCAUUAGGAUUAGCAGAUUCUGUGCCAGAAAGUAGCGACAAAGAGGUUGAUACAACGAUCCCAAUUUUGGAACGAGAGUACAUGCAAGGUGUAUUGAUAAGUGAGGUUGUGUUAAAUAAUAUGUUUUCAUCAAUGUCUAGAAGGGCAAGGCGACUUAAAAAAAAGCUUGCCAAAGAGAUUAAAAAACCUGGUGAAAUAAUCAUUAAAGGUCACAGGAGUUAUGAUCUAAUGCUCAGUUUGCAGCUUGGAAUAAGGUAUACCGUGGGCAAGAUAACACCUAUACCUACGCGAGAAGUAAGAAUAUCAGAUUUUGGUACCAAAGCAAGCUUUUGGAUGAAUUUUCCUAAAGAAGGUUCUCAAUUAACACCUACCCAUCCAUCAGAGGAUUUUAAAUGGAAAGAUUACUGCCCCAUGGUGUUCAGAAAUUUGAGAGAAUUAUUCAAGAUUGACGCUGCCGACUACAUGAUGUCCAUUUGUGGAAACGAUACUCUGAGGGAACUAUCUUCUCCAGGGAAAAGUGGCAGUGUCUUUUUCCUGUCUCAGGAUGAUCGUUUCAUGAUCAAGACAUUGCGAAUGUCUGAAGUGAAGGUUCUUCUAAGAAUGCUGCCAGACUAUCAUCAUCAUGUGAAGACAUACGAAAAUACACUUAUCACAAAAUUCUUUGGCUUGCACAGGAUUAAGGCUUCAAGUGGUCAAAAGUUUCGCUUCGUUGUAAUGGGAAAUAUGUUCUGCACGGAACUGAGGAUCCAUCGGAGAUUUGAUUUAAAAGGUUCUUCCUUUGGACGAUCAUCAGACAAGAUAGAAAUUGACGAAAAUACAACACUAAAAGAUUUGGAUCUGAACUGCUGUUUCUACUUGGAACCGUCUUGGCGGGAGUCUUUAUUAAAGCAGAUUGAAAUAGACAGCAAAUUUUUAGAAGCACAACACAUUAUGGAUUACAGCCUUCUUCUAGGUGUUCACUAUCGAGCUCCACAGCAUCUGCGUCCUCUCAUAUCAUACAACCAAAGUAGAAGUGUGGAUGGAUUAGCAAUGCUUGCAGAAGAAGAUCCUCUGGAGGAUGAAGCAUCCUAUCCACAAGGUCUUGUUCUAGUUCCUAGAGGAGCAGAUGAUAACAGUGUUGUUGUGGGCUCACAUGUGAGGGGUAGUCGGUUGCGGGCUUCAUCUGCUGGUGAUGAGGAGGUGGAUCUACUCUUACCUGGUACAGCAAGACUCCAAAUCCAGCUUGGUGUGAACAUGCCUUCAAGGGCAGAGCAGAUUUCAGAUAAACAAGAAAAAGCAAAGUUCCAGGAGGUGUACGAUGUGGUGCUGUACCUGGGUAUCAUUGAUAUAUUGCAGGACUAUAACAUGACCAAGAAGAUUGAACAUGCUUAUAAAUCUCUUCAGUUUGAUUCAUUGUCUAUCUCAGCUGUGGACCCUACAUUCUACUCUCGUCGUUUCCUGGAGUUUAUUCAAAAAGUGUUUCCACCAAAUGCAAUGGCAGGUGGAUAAUUGAGAUUUUGGGGUUAUAUUUAUCCACUUAAUUUGUUACAGAAUGUGGAUUGCUCCAGAAUUUCUAUAGUAGGUGACCAUUGGGCA